UUUAAGCCGGUCCAAACAAAAUUGAUUUAGCGUUAAAAUUUACAAAAUAUUCGCUUAGCCCAUCAUGUAUCGUUUGGCCUUGAGGGAGCCUUGCAAAAGUGCUCUGCAGAGAACUCUGCAACAACAAACACGCAGACAAUAUAGCAACAGUAAUGGCUUACCACCAAAUGUACGGGAAGCCGGCCUUGGUAAAUUAUUUGUCCUAUUGACACCAGUUGCUGUUGUCGGUGGUGCGAUAUCAUAUGCGAAAUACGACAAAGAAUUUCGAAAAACACUCGAACAAAAUGUGCCCGGUGCCGAGAAGCUUAUUAAAGUCGCUUUACAAGAAGAAGAUCCAUUCAAAGGUAUUAACGAUCAAAUCGAUAGUGUUAAAAAACAAUUUGACAGUGUAUCGAAAACCAUUACAAAUGCCACAUCGAGUGUGACUGGUUUGUUUGGUGGUUCGGAUAAGGAGAAAGAACAAUCUAAGAAAGUAGAAGAAGUCAAGAAAGCAGCUCCCGUUCAAAAAACCGUGCCUGCCACACCAGCCAGCAAAGCUGCCGAACCCAAACCUGCUGCUAAAGUUAGUGAACCAACGCCUAAACCUGCUCCCAAACCUGUUGAACCAUUGCCCUCUGAUGUAUUAGAAUUGCAACAUGCUGUGGAAGUUGCUGCUUCUGUGGCUGUACAAGAAUACAACAAGGCCAUUGAUAUUUUGAAGAACUUCAAUAAUGAUGUCCGCCGCAUUGUUGAUCAGGCUGUUGAAAAUGUUGAUGCCUCAACAUGGAACACAUUGAAGAAUAAGACAAGUGCUCGCGAUUCUUCUGUGUCUACAGCAGAAAAAUUGGCUCGUGAGGCUUUGGAAAAGAUUGAAAGAUGUGAAAUUGCUUUGGCAAAGGCUGCAAAACCUGAAAACCAUGAGCAAAUAGUGGCUGCCCGUAAUAAAAUUAAGACUUUGGUUGAUCACAUCAACACCGUCAAGGAUGAACUUUAUAAGAAUAAAGAUCUUGCUAGUAUGUCGGAAAAAUACUGGAGAAAUGUUGAAAAAGCUCGUAACUAUUUCGUUGAAGAGAUUGAAUCGAUUUUCCCCGGUUUAAAUUUGGCUGAGAAGAAAUUGCUGUUGUCUUCCGAAGAUUUGGAUUUAUUCAUCACCCAUGCCUACUCGCAUGUAUUGGCUUUGCAAAAGGAAUUGCAACGUUUGCAAACAGAUGGAGAAUUGCGUUUGAAGCGUGCCAUUGACGCUUUGCGUGGCGACAGUGAUUCCGAGGCUGUUAAGGCCCAAUUGGAAUAUCUGUUGGAAGCAGAAAAGCGUAAAUUGGCAAUUGAAAAUCAAAAGAAAAUUCUACAAAUUCGUGCCGAUGCUGAAAGGCAAUUGCGCCAGCAUUUGAAACAACAAGCUGAAGCACAUAUGGAUCAUUUGAAGGAUGCCAUCAGCAUGCGGGAAAGUGAAUUGAAACGUAACUACUCCAAGGAAUUGGAAGAUAAAUUGGCAACUGAAAAGGCCAACUAUAAAUUGCAAUUGGCUGCCAUGUUGGGUAAAUUGCGUGGCAUGGAUGCUGCAUUACAAGCUCGUGCCGAAUCCGAGCGCUCAGCUCAUCAAGCUCAAGCCUUGUGGGCUGCCUGCCAAGCUUUGUGGUCAACUGUCAGGACUGGUGAACCCGGUGAAGAUUGGAAAAACAAAUUGCGUCCAUUGAAGAAAGAAAUCAAGGCCAUAACUAAAGUUGCUGAGGGUGAUGAAUUGGUUGCUGUUGUCAUACAAAAUCUACCCAAAGAAGCCCAAGAGCGCGGUGUAUUCCCCGAAGAUGCUUUGCGUGAACGUUUCUUGAACGUAGAACGUGUAGCACGUAAAUUAGCCUUGGUUCCUGAGGAAGGAGCUAGCCUACCCAAAUAUAUGUUGUCCUAUCUGCAAUCCCUAUUCAUUUUGACUCCCGAUGAUCCCAUUUCUCAAGAUGAACUACAAAACAAGAAAUUCGACUAUAGCAAAUUGGACACCUAUGACAUUUUGAAUAGAGCUAGGUAUUUCGUUGAUCGUGGCGAUUUAAUGAUGGCCUUGAAAUACAUGAACCUUUUGCAAGGCGCUCCACGCAAAAUUGCCAGCGAUUGGCUAAAGGAAACUCGUUUGCUACUGGAAACCCAACAAGCUGCCAAUACUCUGAUGGCUCAUGCUGCCGCCAGUGGUCUAUUGUAUUUGUAAAUUUUGU